AUGCACUUAUCGUUCUUCUUUUUCGCAUUGUCCUUGGUUUUUUGCUCUGCCAAAUCCAUAAAAGGCGAGGAUUUAUUGUUGAAGACUUUGCCGGAUUCCAAAAAUUCUCCUGCCUGCAAUAUGACCCCAGUUAGUCCAAAGGCCAUCAAAGAUGGCGAUGAAUACUAUACUGUCGAGUUUUUUGAUGAAAGAAAGCCCUCAAAAACGCCCUCAAAACGCCUUUCUACUGAUAUCGAAGAGCCGGCUCACCACCAUACCACCAAACGCAAUGGUGGUGAGUCUUCUCCUUAUGGAGGUUCUGAAAACCGUCGACCGAAUGUCCAGAUCUUCCCAAUUCAGCAAUCUAGCGGUUGUUGUCCAUCUGAUGUUAAUAAUUCCGGAUUGGGCGGGAGAUUAAGAUCUAAAAAUGCCCCCAAAUUGCAGCCCCAAUCAAUACCACCUUUUAACGCGUUGGGACAGCCAUCCAUGACAUAUCCACCUAAACCCAAUCAGCCAGAAGCACCUACUCAAACAACAUCACCAAAACCACAUACCCCAGUUACACCAACACCACAAGCGCCUCCUUCAGCCCCAUCAACACCACAAGUGCCUCCUUCAGCCCCAUCAACACCACAAGCGCCU